GCUGACGGCUUCUCCGUGACCACUGCCAUUCUAACUUGUCAGUGAGAUAAGUGAUGAGAUGCCAGUUGAAAUUAGCCGUAUAUGGACUAGCGCAGAGAAGCCCCACAACCCCGCCAACCGGUGUUCAGCCGAAGGACCCCACAUCUCCGCCCCGUGUCCCGCAGCCUUGCAGCUCGCAGGAAAUUUUCUUGAUCAGGGCCACCUGCGACAGGCGCUCGCGAACACUCCACCUGCACUGAGAUACGGACGAUGAGAACGUCCGCGAUCUCAAUCCGAACAUGGCGACUGAUACUCCCCCUCAACCGACCGACGGUGCUCCCGCGAGGCAGCCCGCCGAUCUCCCGACCGGUGACAAAUCGUCAAUUCCAUCAGAGUCCCGCGCCGAGAGCUCGGUCCAGCCCGAUUCUGCUGCGGUGGGUGGACAGGAGGGCAGACGCGGAGAGAAACGCAAUGGCAAAUCUCGCGGACCCAAGCGCAAGCACGACGUCGGACGCUCGGCAUGGAGCCGCGAGGCCACCGACAAGCGCGGACGCAAUUCCGAGUAUCAAGAGUUCAAGCGCAGGAAGGUAGACAAGGAUGGCAACCCCGAGGCCGUUCCCAGCCCCUUCACCGCUGAGGAGAUCGCUGCUGAAGGUCGCCGGCCCAAGCGCAAGGUGGCCGUCAUGGUGGGCUACUCCGGCACUGGAUACAAGGGAAUGCAGAUCAACAACGAGGAGAAGACGAUCGAGGGAGACCUGUUCAAGGCCUUUGUCGCCGCCGGCGCCAUCUCCAAGGCCAAUGCCGACGACCACAAGAAGUCGAGCCUGGUGCGGUGCGCGAGAACCGACAAGGGCGUCCACGCUGCCGGCAACGUCAUUAGCUUGAAGCUCAUCAUCGAGGACGAGGACAUUGUCGAAAAGAUCAACGCCAACCUGCCCGAACAGAUCCGCGUCUGGGGCAUCCAACGUACCAACAACUCCUUCAGCUGCUACCAGACCUGCGACUCGAGAUGGUAUGAGUACCUCCUGCCGACCUACUGCCUUCUGCCCCCCCACCCUGACAGCUGGCUGUGGAAACAGCUGGUUGAGGUGGCCAAGGAGAAGGGAUACUACGACGAGUUCCAGAGGAAGCUGGCGGACGUUGAGGGCUACUGGAGGGAGGUUGACGAGAAAGACAUCAAGCCCAUUCUCGAGAGACUCGACCCUGAGACCAGAGCCAAGGUCAUGGAGAGGAUACACGCCGACGAGGAUGCGGCUGGUGGCGAGGCGGAGGAACCCAAGGCUGCAGCCGAGACCAAGGCCGAGGAGAAGCCAGGCGAGCCCGUCUCCGAGCCGACAGCGCCCGCCGCCGAGACCAAAACCCCCGCCGAGGUCCCCGAGGGCAGCGUCAAGCCCCGGAACCGUGACCUGACGCCCCUCGACUUCGCCCUGCGCGACAUCAAGGCGGCCUACAUCGCCGCCAAGAGGCGGUACCGCGUCACGCCCGAGCGCCUGAGCCAGCUCCAGGCGGCGCUAAGCGAGUACUGCGGCACCAUCAACUUCCACAACUACACCGUGCAGAAGAGCUUCAAGGACCCCUCGGCCAAGCGCCACAUCAAGUCCUUCCAGGUCAACACGCAGCCCAUCCAGAUCCGCGACACCGAGUGGGUGUCCCUCAAGGUCCACGGCCAGAGCUUCAUGAUGCACCAGAUCCGCAAGAUGGUCGGCAUGGCCUCCCUCGUGGUGCGCUGCGCGACCCCGCUCGAGCGCAUCAGGCAGAGCUACGGCCCCACGAGGAUCGCCAUCCCCAAGGCGCCCGGCCUGGGCCUGCUGCUCGAGCGGCCCGUGUUCGACGCCUACAACCGCAGGGCCAAGGACAACUUUGGCAAGGAGACGAUCGACUUUUCAAAGUACGACGAAAAGCUGCAGGCGUUCAAGGACAAGCAGAUCUACCAGCGCAUCUUUGAGGUGGAGGAGCAGGAGAACACGUUCCACAUCUUUUUCCAGCAGGUUGACAACUUCAAGUCCGACUACUUCCUGUGGCUGACGGCCGGCGGCAUCGACGCCGGCGGGAUCCGCACAGGCAAGGACGAGAAGGGAGCGAAAACGCUCGAGGCGGAGAUCGGUGACGAGGACGAGGACCCCGAGAACGGUGAUGGUUAAGGGCUCGUGGAACGAUGGAACGGUCGGGGUUGGGUAGGUAGCACGGGUAUAGAGAUAUAGGCAACCGGCUCUCCUUCUUCCCGGUGACGGAUGCGACUCGGUAGAAUCAAAAGCAUAA